AUGGCCCCUGCUCCCUCCGGGAGAAGCCCACGUUACCCCUUUUUAAAUAAGCCCUGCCACCCCAGCGUGUGGGGGACAGGCUCGGUGUCACUUCGUGUAGACGUGCACAAGUACAGCAGACACCAGGCACGGCCCGCCCGCGUGAUCCGGGGGGUGGGAGAGUCCCAGUUCCCACCCUGCCCGGCCACCAAAGGGCCGGAGGACAGGCUCCGGGGAGCUCCACGGCGGCGCCGGGGACAAUGGGGCGCUGGGCCGGCCACGCAGGCAGGCGAGCGCUCGGCGGCGGCGCUGGACCCGGGCCUGGCUCCCAGCCGAGGCGCCUGGGUGGGACGGGGGCGGGGCCUCCCGGCGGGAGGGGAUGACGGGCGGGCAGGUUGUCCAAUCGCGAGCCGCGAGGGGCGCCGGCGGGCCAGUGAGCGGGUGGCGGGGCGGGGCCUGCGCGGGGAGGCAGGCAGCCGCCCGGGCCGCGGCGGGAGCGGCGGCGUGGAGGCACCGUGCGACGGCUGCGAGCCAGCCGCAGUGGGAGUGGGUCCAGCGCGCGGCGACGGCUGCAGCGGCAGGACCAUGGCAGCGCCCGCCGGAGCCGGAGCCGGGGCAGGGAAGGCAGCCGCAGGCCACAGGCUCUGGCCGUGGCCGGUGCUGGCCGCGGCGCUCGUGCUGUGGACAGCUGGUGUGUCGGCCUUGGAGGUGUACACACCCAAAGAAAUCUUUGUGGCAAACGGGACGCAAGGGAAGCUGCCGUGCAAGUUCAAGUCCACUAACGUGACCGGCGGGUUGACGUCCGUCUCCUGGAGCUUCCAGCCCGAGGGGGCUGACACCACAGUGUCGUUCUUCCACUACUCCCAAGGACAAGUGUACCUGGGCAACUACCCCCCGUUUAAGGACAGAAUCAGCUGGGCUGGAGACCUGGACAAGAAAGACGCGUCCAUCAACAUAGAAAACAUGCAGUUCAUUCACAAUGGCACCUACAUCUGCGACGUCAAGAACCCUCCGGACAUCGUUGUCCAGCCUGGGCACAUCAGGCUGUACGUGGUGGAGAAAGAGAGUCUGCCGCUGUUCCCGGUCUGGGUGGUGGUGGGCAUAGUCACUGCUGUGGUUGUGGGUCUCACCCUGCUCGUCAGCAUGAUCCUGGCCGUCCUGUACCGAAGGAGGAACUCUAAGCGGGAUUACACUGGCUGCAACACAUCAGAGAGUCUGUCUCCGGUUAAGCAGGCUCCACGGAAGUCCUCCUCCGACACAGAGGGUCUGGUAAAGAGUCUGCCUUCCGGAUCCCACCAGGGCCCAGUCAUAUAUGCGCAGUUAGACCACUCCGGCGGCCAUCACAGUGACAAGAUCAACAAGUCGGAAUCCGUGGUGUAUGCGGACAUCCGGAAAAAUUAAGACCCGGAGCAUCCUGGACAAGAAACAAACCCAAACUGGACUCUUGUGCAGAAAAUGUAGCCCAUAACCACGUGUGGCCUUGGGGACCCAGGCAAGGACACACACAUGUGUAGACCCAGAGGGAGGGAAGGAUGUGGGUGAAGGACAUGUGUAUUCUAUUUAAUCUUCCUGCUGUGGGGCCAGCGUUGCAUGUCGAGAAGAUGGUGUGAGGCUGUGAAUCUGCCUACGUAUAAACGUCUUGCCGUUUUUGUACAUGCUUUGGGGGUCAUUAACAGUUGGGACAUUUCAGUAACAUUCCUGUCACCACCAUUUAGAUGUGGUUGCCUUUCAGAGACAGUAGCAGUCUUCUGUUUCCAGUGGACGUGGCCUUUUAAUCCAAGGGCUCAACCAGUCUUAGCAUUUAUUGUCAUUGGAGGAAGGAGAUCCCGUGGCGGACACGCAGCCAGGGGCCCUAUCACACGCGCCAGAACCGUUCAUUUGGUUGUAGCUUUUAGACAGCAUCUGUUAACUAUGCCACUUACAGAAGGUUCGAGAAAUUUGUGUUGGUGCUUUUCUAAAACAUGGGGCAAAUUUUA